AUGAAAAGACACAAGUUUCAGAAAGUGUCAGCAUUACUACUUGGAGAAUAUGGCAGGUUUUAAACGAGGUUAUGAUGGAAAAAUUGCUGGAUUGUAUGAUUUGGAUAAAACCUUAGGCAGAGGGCAUUUUGCUGUGGUGAAGCUUGCCCGACAUGUAUUUACAGGUGAAAAAGUGGCAGUUAAAGUAAUUGACAAGACCAAGCUAGAUACUCUUGCCACAGGACAUCUUUUUCAAGAAGUCAGAUGCAUGAAACUAGUGCAACAUCCUAAUAUAGUUCGCCUGUAUGAAGUUAUUGACACCCAGACCAAACUUUAUCUGAUCUUAGAACUUGGUGAUGGAGGAGAUAUGUUUGAUUACAUCAUGAAACAUGAAGAAGGUCUUAAUGAAGAUCUGGCAAAGAAGUAUUUUGCUCAGAUUGUUCAUGCUAUAUCCUAUUGCCAUAAACUGCAUGUCGUUCACAGAGACUUAAAACCCGAAAACGUUGUCUUUUUUGAAAAACCAGGACUUGUGAAAUUAACUGAUUUUGGAUUUAGCAACAAAUUUCAGCCUGGAAAAAAACUCACAACAAGUUGUGGCUCUCUUGCAUAUUCUGCCCCUGAAAUUCUACUUGGAGAUGAAUACGAUGCACCUGCAGUAGAUAUAUGGAGCCUGGGAGUUAUUCUUUACAUGUUGGUAUGUGGACAACCACCUUUUCAAGAAGCAAAUGAUAGUGAAACUUUGACCAUGAUAAUGGAUUGUAAAUACACAGUACCAUCUCGGGUAUCCAAAGAAUGUAAAGAUUUAAUUACACGAAUGUUGCAAAGAGACCCAAAACAAAGGGCAUCUUUAGAAGAAAUUGAAAAUCAUACUUGGCUACAAGGAGUUGAUCCAUCACCUGCAACAAAAUACAAUAUUCCUUUGGUUUCAUACAAAAAUCUUUCAGAGGAGGAACACAAUAGCAUCAUACAACGCAUGGUUCUUGGAGACAUUGCAGAUCGAGACACUAUUGUGGAGGCUCUGGAAACUAACAAAUACGAUCAUAUCACUGCUACCUAUUUUUUACUAGCAGAGCGGAUUUUAAGAGAGAAACAAGAGAAAGAAAUACAAACCAGAUCAGCAAGUCCAAGCAAUAUAAAAGCACAAUUUAGGCAAUCAUGGCCAACAAAAAUUGAUGUUCCUCAAGAUUUAGAUGAUGACUUUACAGCUUCUCCUUUGACCCAUGGAGCUGUUGCUCAGUCUCCUGCUCGUAGUGCUGAAAAUGUUCUUAAUGGACACAGAAGUAAGGCACUUAAUGAUUCAGCCAACAAAGAGGAUAUUCCUGAAUUAGCUGGACCAACACUUUCAGUUGUUUCCUCAGUGAAUUUAAAACCUACAACUAGUAGUCGGAAGUGCUUGUUUAGAGUACAAGAAGAUGAAGAGGAGGAUGGUGAAGAUAAAAAACCUGUUUCCCUAUCAAAUCAAGUUGUUCUGCGUCAUAAACCUUCUGUUACAAGUCGUCUUACUUCCCGGAAAAGUGCCCCAGUCCUUAAUCAGAUUUUUGAGGAAGGGGAAUCUGAUGAUGAAUUUGAUACAGAUGAGAAUUUGCCUCCAAAACUUAGUCGGCUAAAAAUGAAUAUUGCUUCACCCAGCACUGUGCAUAAACAUGACCACAGAAGGAAAAGUCAGGGUCGUGGAUCUAGUUGCAGUAGCUCAGAAACAAGUGAUGAUGACUCAGAAAGCAGGCGAUGUCUAGAUAAAGAUAGUGGAUUUACUUACUCCUGGCAUAGAAGAGAUAGUAGCGAAGGUCCUCCUGGCAAUCAGGGAGAUGGAAGUGGACAAGGCAAACCAAGCAAUGGAAAUGGAGGGGUUGGCAAAACAAGUCCUGGUGAUAAUCAUAAAGAGGAUGGAAGUCCUUCCAGUAGCUCUAGUGGAAGCAUGAAUAACAAUUCAGGUUCCACUCACAGAUGUGCAGGAUCUGGUAAUUCUGUACAGUUGUCAUCAAGAAGUGCGUGUGAUGUGGUUGAAAGCCUCAAGUUGAUGAGCAUUUGUUUAGGUUCUCAGAUUCACAGUAGCACUAAGUACAUAAUUGACCCUCAAAACACCAUUUCAUUUUCCAGUGUUAAGGUGCAAGAGAAAUCAAUAUGGAAAAUGCGCAUAAGUUCUGGGAGUAUAAAUCCAGUUUCAUCUUUGGGCAGCAUAAAAUUGUUUUCUGACCAAAUGUCAGAUGCAGCAAAUGAGUUAGAACAAAUAAAGAACAAGAACUUGAAAAACAAUGUGCUACAACUACCUCUAUGUGAAAAAACAAUAUCUGUGAAUAUUCAGCAAGACCCAAAGGAGGGACUGUUACGUACAUUGGGUCAGACAACUUGCUGUCAUGUUGUUUGA